AUGGCUCCAGGCAGCAAGCCGACGGUUCCCAGCUCUGUGCACUUGGGACAGAUCCAGGUGCAAAAGAAGCUGGGUGCAGGAUGCUUUGGAGAGGUUUACAAGGGCUUUCACACGGGCCUCAAAGCGGAUGUCGCCAUCAAGUUCGAGGCGGUGCAUAAUCAGUCGCCGCAGCUUUGCCACGAGGCAGAGAUGCUGAAGCUGCUGCAGCCCGGGGACUUGCAAGGCUUCGCCAGGUUCUUCUACUUCGCGGAGGAGGGCAACUACAACUGCCUGGCCAUGGAGUUCCUCGGGAAGAGCCUUGAGGACCACGUCCAGAUGUGUGGUGGACAGUUCUCCCCGAAGACUGCGUGCCUUGUGGCGCAGCAGGUUUUGAUGCGCAUCGAGUACUUGCACUCCCGAGGCAUCGUGCAUCGAGACAUCAAACCGGAGAACUUCAUGUGGGGCGUCGGGCCGAAGGUGCAUCACCUUUACCUCAUAGACUUCGGGCUGAGCAAGAGGUACUGGGACAAGCGCCAUGUGAACAGCUCGCAGAAGCUGAGCCUCACCGGCACUGCAAGGUACGCCUCGUUGAACGCCCACCGCGGCAUGGAGCAGAGUAGACGUGAUGACUUGGAGGCAAUUGGCCACAUGCUCAUGUACUUCCUGCGCUCCUCGCUGCCUUGGUCGGGAUUGGAGGCGAGAACCAAAAAGGAAAAGUACCAAAAGAUCAAGGAGAAGAAGGAGUCCACCAACCUGGUAGAGUUGUGCGAGGGCCACCCCACGGCCUUCCGGACCUACUUGGAGUACGCCCGAAAGCUGGGCUUCAAGGACCGGCCGGACUACGUCAUGCUGCGGCGGCUCUUCGUGGAGCUCAGGGCCCAACUCCAGAAAGACCAGGGCAAGCCCAUCGAGGACUGGCACUUUGAGUGGUUGGAAGGCAAGGAACACGAAGAGCUGGAUGCUUUGCUGCCCUAUGACGACUUGAAGCAGCCGGAUGACGAGGCUGCCCCGGAGCGGCCGCGCAGCCUUUGCUGCUUCUGCGGCGGAUCACAGGUUCGCAACUAG